AUGGAAAAUGAAAGAACAUCACAUAUAAUAAAGGGUGAAAAAACCAUCUAUAAACCAUAUACAAAAUGCACUUUUAAAGGUUUCUCAAGAAAUUUUCCACCAGAAUUAAGAAGUGUUAUACCUCCAGAUGAAUAUGAUUCAAUAAUUAAAAAUAUAAAUUUAAACUGUAUAAGAUCAAAGAAAACAUCUACAUUAAGAGUAAUUUCAGUAUCAGGUGAUAUCUUAAGUAUGAUAGUUAUUGGAAUUCCAAUUUCUGUUGGAUGUUAUGUAGUAGAUAAAAUAAUCUAUCAAAGAUUUUAUAAGAAAAUUACAAAAAGAAUUAAAACAAUUCUAUUCCAAUUAAAUUCAAGUGAACCUUACUUAAGUAAAGGAAUCGAAUUUUCUUUAAAUAAAUCUCCAUAUUCUAGAUUAGGUGUUGAAUAUUCUUUAAAUAUAGUUUAUGAUUAA